GAAAAACACAAUUGCUAAUUGUUAAACAUAUUUCAUGAGAACGGUGCAGAUAUUAAGUGACAAUGAGGUAGAGUUUUAUUCGUGUCAGGAUAAACUCGCCCCAGUGAACUUUGACGCUUCUCAGACUAGCUUAGCAUGUAGCUGCUAACAAAGAGACCCGGAAGUUAUCAACACAUCACUGGGCAGAGCUCUCGUGUGAGUGUAAAGUGUUGUGAUUGUGUAAAAUGUGUAAAGAGCAAAUGCUGAGAGCGUCGGCGAAUUAGUGACUAACUUCGGUUGUUGGAGAAAUAUUUCUAGUGUGAGAAAGAGCGAUAGCAGAAUACGAGGAGGGAGUUUCUCGAACAAAAGAGGAGAACGAGCGACAACGUCAACUGCUGGACUCUGUGUUCAAGAAGCCUCAAGUUCUGUUACACAGAGCAGACGUCAGAGAAGAACAUCUUCCCCCUGAGCAGCAGGAGUGGAACUCCAGCAUGGAACAGGCGGCGCCACAGCAUCCCCACAUUAAAGAGGAAGAGGAGGAGCCACAGCCUCACAACUUUAAAGAGGAAGAGGAUGAGCUACAGAUCCCCCACAUUAAAGAGGAAGAGGAGCAUCCACAGCCCCCCCACAUUAAAGACGAAGAUGAGGAGCCACGGCCCCUUCACUUUAAAGAGGAAGAGGAGGAUCACAGCAUCAGUCAGGAGGGAGAGAAUCUUAAAAGACUGGAGGAGUUCCCAGUGAUUGGGGUCCCUGUGAAGAGCGAAAAUGAUGAAGGUGAAAGUGAGGAGGAGCCUCCAAGCAGCAGCUCAACUCAACACAUGACAACAGAAGCUGAUGGAGACCACUGUGGAGGAUCACAAGCACACAACCUCUUAGCUCCACUAUCAGAUAGUGACGACACGUCACACUCUCCUGACACUGAUGAUGAAGACUCUGAAGCUGAUAUGACAUGUCACACUGACAACACACGCUGGAAAUGCUCUCAAUGUGACAAAACUUUUGUUAGCAAAAGAGACCUGAAAAGACAUCGGAGAUGUCACACAGGAGAGAAACCUUUUGCCUGCUCAGUUUGCACUAAAAGGUUCUCUCAGCAGUCAAAUUUAAAUGUACACAAAAGAAUACACACAGGAGAGAAACCCUUUCCUUGCUCAGUCUGUGGUAAAAAAUUCUCUAAGAAGACAACAUUGAAAGUACACGCAAGAAUACACACUGGAGAGAAACCCUUUCCUUGCACGGUGUGUGGUAAAAGAUUCAAUCAAAAAGGUGUUUUUAAAAGACACACUCAAAUACACACGGGAGAGAAACCUUUUCCCUGCUCAGCUUGUGGUAAACGGUUCUCUGAUAAGGCAACUUUGAAAGUGCACACAAGAAUGCACACUGGAGAGAAACCUUUUCCCUGCUCACUGUGUGGUAAACGGUUCUCUGAUAAGGCAACUCUGAAAGUGCACACAAGAAUACACACCGGAGAGAAACCUUUUCCCUGCUCACUGUGUGGUAAAAGUUUCUCUGGUAAGAAAGCGUUGAAAGUACACACAAGAAUACACACUGGAGAGAAACCCUUUCCUUGCUCAGUUUGUGGUAAAAGUUACACUUAAAAAGCUGCCUUAAAUAGACACACUAGAAUGCACACUGGAGAGAAACCUUUUCCUUGCACAGUGUGUGGUAAAAGAUUCUACCUUAGUGGUGAGUUAAAAAGACACACGAGACUACACACUGGAGAGAGACCUUUUCCCUGCUCAGUUUGUAGUAAAAGUUUCUCUGAUAAGACAACUUUGAUUAGACACACACGAACACACACUAGAGAAAACAACUUUUCUUGUUCAAUGUGUGGCCAACGAUUCACAAAUAGUGCACACUUGACGGAACACAUAAGAAGCCACACUGGGGAGAAUACAUAAUACAUCUUGAUAAACGCUCCAAGUGCCCUUUCUCUGCUGUAUAUUCAAUUGUUCAUUAAUGUAGGAGGAACUUUCUCGAACAAAAGAGGAGAACGAGCCCUGGAUGCUGUUUUCUAGAAGCCUCAAGUUGUGUUACACAGAGGCAGGGCAAGGUUAUUUAUAGAGCACAAUUCAUACACAGCAGGUUAGUUUCACUCUUACUCUCACAUGUUUAUAAACUCUCUAUUUGUCCAAUAACACUACUCCUGUAAAGCUUUUGAGAGUACACACAAUAACACACAAUGGAAAGAAACCUUUUGCUUGUGUAGUUUGUGGUAAAGGUCGCACAAGAAAAUUUGACAGUACACACUAGAGGAAUUUUUUUUUUUCUUGUUCAAUGUGUGGUCAGCGAUUCAUAAAUAGUACAAACUUAACUGAACACAAACAUUCACACGGGCGAGAAACAGUUGGAUUGCAAAGGACACAGUUCGGGAACUACGAAUAAGCAAGGUUACUUUUGAAAAAAAACUACACUAAAGUACAAAAGGAAGAACGUGCUGCUGACAUGAAAAAAUAUUUGCAAUGAACACACGUCUUCUUUUAAGGCUGAAUUAUGCCACAGCAGGCGUCUGGCCGAGCACCUAACAUGCAAUUCUCCACUACAUCGCUAGGGGCAGCGUUUUCCUGUACGUGAGCAACCACAAAUCUCUUCUUUUUGAAUGAUUUGGACUCUCUGAUGACCUGUUUGUGUUAUAGCGUUGAUAUUCUGAAUUGCAGUUGGUUCUGUCGGUGAAUGUUAUGUGUUGUGCCGCUGUGAGUGUGGAGAGGAAGACGUGUGUGCGAGCUGUGUUGGAGCUGAGAACUACUGUGCAAGAUUCAAAAUAAAACUUAAAUACAGCAUCAGACUCUGCGUGACUCUAUCAGGACACAACAGUAUCAUAUUUGCGAAGUUUUUCGCUCAGACAC